AAAUAGGAACCCUAAUUCCACCGAAUUUCUCUCAGUAUCUCUCACCUUCACUACUCCCAUAGCUGCUGCCCAAACCACCUCCGGCCACCUGCAGCCGCGCGACUACCGGCGACCGCGUCUCAAUCUCUCAGUAAAGUGCUGUUUUAGUUUGGAGGCACAAUGAGGUUGGAGAAAUGCUGGUUUUGUUCUUCAACCGUAUACCCUGGACAUGGAAUCCAGUUUGUCCGUAAUGAUGCCAAGAUUUUUCGGUUCUGUAGAUCCAAAUGCCACAAGAACUUUAAAAUGAAGAGGAAUCCUCGUAAAGUAAAAUGGACCAAGGCAUAUAGGCGAGUGCAUGGAAAGGAUAUGACAAAGGAUUCAACCUUUGAGUUUGAGAGAAAGCGAAAUAGACCUGAGAGAUAUGACAGGAAUGUUAAGGAGGAUGUCCUCAAGGCCAUUCCUAAGAUUGCUAAGAUCAGAGCUAUCAGGGAGGAGACACACCAUAAGAAAAUGAAGCAAGGCAAACAUGAAAAACUGCGGAGGGAGGCAGAAAAGGAGUUGAAGCAGGGCAUCAACAUGGUCAAAGCUCCUUCUGUUUUUCAACAGGAUCCGUCCUACACUUUACCGGCAAUCAAGGUCAAGGUUUCCCAACAGAAAUCAGUGGAGAAUCAUCCUAUGGAAGAAUGAUUCUACCAAUGCUGCACUUAUAUGUAUGUUUUUCCAGUUUAAUAUUUGUGGCUAGAUUAGUUGCCUCUAAGGUCCAAAUUACCAGCCGCUUCGGGAUCAUUAAUGUGAAUGAUAUGAUUUUCACACAAGAUUUUUGGGCAAACUUUUGGUGUGUUGUCUAAAGACGUUGGUUCUGUUAGAUUACAAACUAUUUUUAAUGAAAAUUAGAAAGUUGUUGUCUAAAUAUAAAA